AUUCUAUGGUGCCGCCUUCAAAUUGAAGGUUUCAGAACCGUCUUUGACUGGCCAAUCAGAAGCCAGCAUUUAGGAGAGCUGACUUUUUGAUAUAUAAAGGAUGCCACGUAGGACAUCCAUGGUGUGGGCCGUCCAUGUGUACCCUCAAUCUUUUUAAAAUGCUACUAUGACCCAAACAUAUUAAAGUUACAAUAUAUGACCCCUAAACAUAUUUAACUUAAAAUAUUUAACCCUCAAAUAUUUUGUUUUUUAAAUUGAAAUUGAAAUUUAUAAAAUACAAUAGGCAUUUUAUUUUAGUGGUUUUUAACAUAAAAACUUAAACUUUCCUUCAAGAAAAUAAAACAGAAAAACGUAAACUUCCUUCCUUGACAAUAUUCUUCUUCGAUUUCUCAAUGAAAAAAAACAUCUUCUUCAUUCGACCUUCAGCUUCUUCUUCCGCCAUUGUAGACACACAACAAACUCAUUCUUCACUUUCGUAUUGACAGCAGAUUUCAUAAGGUAUUUGGGUAUAGGGUGUGAUUAUUUCAAUUGGUUACAUGCUUUACAAUUCUGAUAUAAAUUACUAACAUGAGUGAAUAACCAGUCGAGUUUAUAUUUACAAUUCUGUGUUUGGUGUUAAUUUUAAAUUGGGAACAAGGUUUUAUUAUGUGGGAAUAAAUAACCAGUCGAAUGAAGAACAAGGUUUUAUUAUCUUCUUCGAUUUAAAAUUGAGAAUUAGGUUUUAGUAUCUGUGUUUGGUGUUAAUUUCAAAUUGGGAACAAGGUUUUAUCCGUGUGAAAGACAUAAAAUUUCUUUCUGUGUGUGGGUGUUAAUAUGAACGAAGCAUGGAGAUGUGCAGCUUGUUUGUGUAGAAACUGAAGCAUGAUAGUGAGUUGUUUAUGGUUGCUGUUGUCUUAUGUUGUGUUAUAUAUUGACAGAUUUCAAAAUGGAGAGCUACAGAGAUGUUGAUGUUCAUUCGACUGAAACUGAUUCAUCUGAUGCAUCUUCAGAAACUGAUGCCGAACAUAAUAGUAGUGAAAAUAGUGAGGAUGGAGAUGGUUAUGUUGUAUCGUCUGCAGAUCAAAGUUCAGAUGAUGAAGAUGUUGCUCAUAAUGACGAUGAUGAGGAUGCGUUUGAAGCAACUACAGGUGAUAAAUUCUUAAGGGUUGAUUCCAUGACUGUUGAGGAAAUUCGUGCUCUGGAAUUUGUAAAUGUGGCUGAAGCUUAUGAAUUUUAUUAUCAAUAUGGAAAAUGUAAAGGUUUUGCCAUUCGGAAACGCGAUGUUAGGCGUAGAGGGCCCAAAGGUAGUGAAAUCAUAGUAAUGAACGAGUUCGUAUGCAACAAGCAUGGCUCAAGAAACAAGAAGCACUUGAUUAGGGUGGAUAGGAAAAGAGAACACCGUCGUCUGACUCGUACUCAAUGCGGAGCUAGGCUCCGUGUGCUCUACAAAAAAAAUAAAGACAAAUAUGUAGUGUCAUUAUUUGAAGAGACUCAUAACCAUGAAUUAACUCCAGCUAAAUAUGUGCAUUUACACCCUGUUUAUCGUAACCUUUCUGAAUCAGAUAGAGCUCAAGUUGAUGGUCUUCAGUCACAUGGGAUCAGAACUUGUCAUAUAAUGGGAUACAUGGUUGCUCAAAAGGGUGGAUAUACUGGUGUUGGUUUUACAAAGAAAGAUUUGUACAAUUAUUUCGACAAAAAAAUGCGUAGUGCUGUUAAAGAUGGUGAUGUUUCUGCUGCUUUAAAUUAUCUUAAUGUGAAAUCAUCUACUGAUCCCAUGCUAUAUGCAGAGUAUUCUGUCGAUGGAAACGGGCGUAUGAAAACACUUUUUUGGGCAGACGGCACAAGUAGAUCUGAUUAUUUCUGUUUUGGUGAUGUGGUUGCGUUUGACACAACAUAUGGGAAGAACAAAUACAAUUAUCCACUGGUUAUUUUUUCUGGGUGCAACCACCACUUACAAUCUGUCAUAUUUGCUUCUGCAUUGGUGUCGGAUGAAACGACUGAGACGUAUAAGUGGUUGCUCAACACUUUUUUAGAGUGCAUGAAUAAUCAAUAUCCAACAGGAGUUGUCACAGACGGGGAUGGGGCCAUGAGGGAGGCUAUAAAGCAGAUUUUUCCUGAUUCAACCCAUAGGUUGUGUGCUUGGCAUUUGAACAAAAAUGCAGGUGAAAAUGUAAAGAAUGUUGGUUUUUUGCGUGGAUUUCAAAAAGCAAUGUACUCAAAUUUUACAGUUGAAGAAUUUGAAGAAUUUUGGUCAGAGCUAUUGAAGGAGACUGAACUUGAAUCACAUCCUUGGGUUGUCAAAACAUAUGAGAACAGGUCACUUUGGGCAACUGCAUAUCUACGUGAAAAGUUCUUUGGUCGUAUAAGAACUACGUCUCAAUGUGAAGCAAUCAAUGCAAUCAUCAAGAAUUAUGUAAGGAAGAAAGGGUGCAUUUAUGAAUUUAUGCACAAUUUUGAACAGGCAUUGGUAGGGUACAGAAACAAUGAACUUGUUGCUGAUUUUAACUCCAAGUUUACAGAUCCUGUGUUGUCAAGUCAUCUGCAUUUGCUUGAGAGCCAUGCUGCUAAAACUUACACCGCAGCGGUUUUUAAGGAAGUAAAAGAACAAAUUAUGAAGGUUGCUGCAUUAAUUGUGAAGGAACGGUUUACAAUGGGGGAUACCUUGAUUUUUAUAUUGAAAAAAUAUUGUCAGACUGGUUUUGAACGACAAGUUGCAUAUGAUAUUUCAACUCAAUCAUUUCAGUGUUCAUGUAGAUUGUUCGAGUCUCGCGGACUUCCAUGUUCUCACAUGUUUUAUGUCUUGAAGGAAGAGAGUAUUGAUCACAUACCUGCUAGUUUGAUUUUGAACCGUUGGACUAAGGAUGCCAAAGUUGGGUUCUUGAACAUGAAUUCUACUGGGGACUUAGAUUCCAAGAUGAUGGAACAAGCUCGUUUUGGUGCUUAUUGUUCUGCUUUUACUACUUUUUGCAAAGAAGCUUCAAAAAGGAAUGGUGUUUUUGGGGAUGUAAUGGGUGAAAUAAUGAAACUACAUCACAAGUAUUGUGAAGCUGAGGACCCUAUUGUUCCUACCGAAAAGACAUAUGUAGGUGAUCCAAUGAAUGUGAAGAGCAAAGGAGCUCCAAAGAAGAAAAAAAAUGCCCCAAAAACAACCAGACACUGUGGAUACUGCCAAAGUACCAUUCAUGAUGCUAGGAAUUGUCCGGAAAGACUGGAUUCGACUGAUGAAGAAGAUUUUGCGGUUGACUCGGUUUCGGGAAAUGAUUCUUUAAGCAAAAUACAAAAGAGAUGCAAAAAGAAAGCCAGAGGUGAUUAUGGUAGUAGGGCAAAAAAGAAAUGUUCGCAGACACCACAAAGUGAAACUGGUCAAAGUGGUAACGUUGCAAAAACGCGGAGUAGCCGGCAAAAGAAAUGUUCACAGAAACCCCAAAGUGAAACUUUUCAAAGUGUUAACGUUACAACAACGAGGCGUCCGGAUAUUAGAACCAGACAAGUGUCUCAAAUGUUUCGUGGUCAACCUAUGACGCCUGUGGGAGAGCCUGUGAUUCACCCAAUGCCUAUCGUACAACCCAUGUACCCAAUGUAUGGAAUGCCAACUGGGGAAAAUUCAAACCAUUGUUUCGGUGUCUUGCAACAAGUGAUGAAAUUUGGUGGUCAAAAUUGAGUAUUAUAUUAGGUGAAAAUUCAAACAAGUAGUUCAAAUUUGAAUGUUAUUAGCUGCUGCACUUAUGGAUAAUUAAAUUGAAUUUAUGUAAUAUUUACA